CGCGCACACGAAGCUCGGAGCUCUUAGUCUGUGCAGCUCUUUCACAGAGCCGUGUCUGAGGUAAAGAGGGACUCAGUCAGAACUUCUUAACGCCGGGGGAGCCUCACCAAGAGCCGGAGCUUUCCAGGUGGACGAAGUAGAAAAGGAGAGAAAAUAGAAGAAGAGCGGAAGGAUGCUGAGCCGAGCCGAGCCAGGAGCCACAGCGUCACCUCUUCAUCACCGGCGCGGGAUCCUCCUCUAACUUUUAAUCUGCUCAGGUUGAAUUCAUCCAUUUGUUUAUUUAUUACGUACCGUCCCCCUCAGUGCUCGCCUGCCUGCCAUGGUUGCUUUGUCGCGCCACGGCGCGCUCUUCCUGUGCGCCUUCCUCCAGCUCUUCUCGCUGCCCUGCGGACAGGUGUUAAACUGCCAGGAGGUGCGCACCAUGUUCCAGACUCUGCACCCGGGCUCUAAGUGGGUCCCCGAAACCCCGGUGUCAGGUUCGGAUCUGCAGGUUUGCCAAACAAAAGGCCCGACCUGCUGCUCCAAGAAGAUGGAGGAGCGGUAUCAGGUAGCCGCACGCAGCAACAUGGAGUCUGGUCUGCAGGUUGUCAGCGCUCAACUCAAACGCCUCAUCAUCCAGAACGCUGCCAUAUUUCAAGAGGCUUUUGACCUGGUGCUGCGUCAUGGCCGUAACUCCACCCUCUCCAUGCUGAAGUCCGAGUUCCCAGGUCUCGGCAGUGCAGCCCAGAGCUCCGUUGGGCAGUUCUUCCUGGACAUGGCGCUCUACAUCCUUGGCUCAGACUCCUCCGUGGACCACAUGGUGGCUGUGCUCUUCGGUCGCCUCUUCCCCCUCACGUACCGCCGUCUCCUGGGAGGCAGCGUGUCCUCUGUGUCUGAGGAGUGUGUGAGAGGAGCCUGGAAGGACUCAGUAGCAUUUGGCCCUUAUCCCAAACUCAUGAUGACCCGUCUGUCUCGCUCUCUGCUGGCCACGCGGGUCUUCCUGCAGGCGCUGAACCUGGGCAUUGAGGUUGUCAACACAACUGACCACCUGCGGCCCAGCCGUGAUUGCAGCCGGGGGCUGCUGAGGCUGUGGUAUUGCCCGUACUGCCAAAGCAUGCUGGGCCCACCAGCCUGCAAAGGCUUCUGUCAGGCAGUGAUGCACGGUUGCCUGGGAGGAGCGGCCGAGGUCCAGCCCCACUGGAGGAGCUAUGUAGAUGGACUGGGGAAGCUAGCUGGUUCCAUGAGGGGAGAGCAGGACAUGGAGGCUGUUGUUCUAAGAGUGCCUUCAAUGAUCAGACUGGCUCUGAAGCAUGCUGUGAACGCACGUACCCGCCUCAACGCCCUGGUGAACGGGAUGUGUGCACACACUCCUCAGCGGGCCUCGCGCUCCGUCGUAUCUCCUCCUCCACAGCCUCCCGGGGCCUCCACAGCCCGCGGUGCACAGCCUUCACCCUCAGACUCUGAUGAGACUUUGGCCGGCCUCCGCAGGGAGUUCAUUUCUAACCUGCGGGGCUUCAGCUCCUUCUACAGUGGACUUGGAGAAGCGUUAUGCAACCGUGAGCCUGCUCCAGCAAACCACUCCCUCUGCUGGAAUGGGCAGGAGAUGACAGACAAGUUUCCUGGGCCCGGUCUGAAGCGACUACACCCAGCCUCUGAGUCCAAGAGCAACAAGCCGCCCGAGCCAAUCAUCAGCCAGAUCAUAGACAAACUCAAACACAUUAACCAGUUACUGCGGCUUGUGACCAUAUCGGAGAAGCGCUGGAGAGCCCGCUCUCGUGGCGGUGGAGUGGAUGGGUGGAGCGACGACGGGGAAGAAGGAUUCCAGAGUGGUGACUGCGACGAUGAGGACGAGUGCACCGGCGUGUCAGGGCUGGGGCCGCCACCUAGACGCAAACGGCUACGGAUAUUUGCAGAUCUUGCAGAUAACCUGCCAAUGGACGACUUCACCUUCCAGGAGCAGCUGCUGACUCCUCGGCUGGCCACAGCCGGCGUUGGAGGUGUCUCCUCACCUGCAGCUCCGCUCUGCAGGAGCAACUUGGUACCGAUGCUCCUUGUGACACUCACUCUGGUCCAACUUUGUCACCACUGACCAUUGAGGAACUUUGUGGAACAUGAAAACCUUCUGUGGGAAGCAUGAACGACAAAAAAAACGGUACAUUUUUCUUUCUGUGUCUCAACAUGAAUGUUUUGUUUGACUCAACAGACCUAUAGAAGCACACCUUGGCAUUGUGUAAAUAAGAAACAGAAGCUCUCUGGUCCACUCCCACUAUUGUAGCUAUUUUAGCUUCAUCUCCUCUUUGCUCGCAAACUGACUUCUGUGUAUUUAUAAAGUGACCUCCAUCAUUAGUCAAUUAUGUCACGGGCCUGUUACAAGGAAAACAGACACACAACUGAAUUCCCUCUCCCAGUCUCCAACAAGUUAUUGCCCAGCGGGAACUCUAGCUGGAAGAAGAGGAAAGCUUUGUCUACUUUCUUCUGUGGCAGUGAAUGAUGUCCUGCCAGGACUGGACUUUAGCCAGCCGCUCGUUUUAGUGAACUCCUUAUCCCAGAAGGCUGAGGUGAAUCCUUAAUUUAAAGACACACUGUAACUCCAAAUGUUCUGUCUCUACUUUAAUCUCCUAUUUUCUCUCUCAUUGUGUCCUUGCGAUGGCUAAGUUAUUUCAGAAUGGUUCCCUCAACGUGAAGGUUUUCACUGAUGCCAUUAAUGUUCGCUUUAUUUAGUAAUGCUGCUGAUUUUUAAACAGUAACAGCCCUGUGAUGUAGAAAAAAAUAAAAGAGAGAGUGUCAGUCUCCAAAUCAGCCAGAUUACUGUACAGAUGUGUGUUUAUAUGUGUUGGUGCCAUGUUUACAAAGAAAUGUGUUGAUUUACAAUGUUAACAUAUUUAUUUCAUAAGACAGUUUGGUUUGUGGUCUAAACUGUUGGACUGUGAUUUUAGGUUAUUCUUUAGCACUGUGGGUAAAGCAAGAAGGAUUAUGAAAUAUAAAUAUGUAGAUAAAUGUAUAAAUUGACUUGUUUUAUUUGUAUUUGACUCAUACAUUCUACAAAUAUUACCUUUGUGUUUCAUUGUUUGUUCUUUGAAGUUCUGUUUGAACCAGAAGCUUUUUUUAAUGUUUGUUUGAUUCUUGUGGUGAAAACUAAAUUCCAGCUCCCUUGUUAAGACUGGAGAACAUGUGAUGGAUGUGUGGAAACAAGCUAAUUAGAGGGUGGAAAUGUAUCUGCUGCUGCCACCCAGCUGACUUCACAGCUGUAAGAGUUGACUGUAUUCACUCCAGACUAUCUGACUCGUCAUAUCAGGAGAAGCACAGGUGUUUAACAGUCACAGAAACAAUGGCUGUGUUCUAUUUAGAUAUACAGCAGUGGUCCGACAUGUUGAGCAUCAGGGUCCUGGCGCUGGAACACCCAAAUAGAAUGUGGUCAUCAUUGUUGUACUUUCAUUGUUGUCACCCAUCCAACUCCCAGCCCAGUGGCAGAUCCAGGAAUAGAGGAUGAUAACAAUUCUGAUGCCCAACAACAUGUUCCUUUCAUGUGCUUAAUAUUAAUGGGAAAGUACAAUGUAAAAUAAACUAAUUUAAUAAUAAUAAU